AUGACGACCCCGCUUCGUCACUCGCAUCAGAUCAAGUCGAUCGCGCCGCUCCAAGCGGGUCGCUGCUUCUUCGGCUCAAGGACCCCGCUGCCCCACGCGCAUCCUCAGUUCAAGUCGACCGCGACGCUGCAGCGGGAUCGAAGCCGAGACGACCUUAGCGCGG